AUGUUAUCGUUUGUUUUUCAAUUUGCAGGACAAGAUGUCAGUGGUGUGUUGGACAGUACAGCAGUGGACACAAGUAUCUUAGAGCAAUAUCUAAGCAAUGAAAUCGACCCCACUUUCAUGUUACCUGACUCACCACCGGAUUCAAGUUCAGAACCUUGCUCUCCUCCACAAAUCUCAGAUGACAUCAGCUCAGAUUUAAAUGCAAAACAGAUCGGCCAAAACCACUUUGCUGCAGCAGAACAGGCACCUGUUAAUUUCUGUCAACUUAAAAAUGGACCUCGAGAGCAUUAUGAGGCUCCACCACCCGAUCACUAUGAUAACAAUGGUACCAUAAACUAUAUGAAUUCCAGAUUAUCUGCUAUUGCUCAGGGUGUGCGUGAGCCCCCUUUACAGUCUCAAUACAUUAGCCCAGUGGAGAGCUACAUUCAAGCCAGCCGAUGCCAGAUGCCAUCAGUGCCCAAUCCUCUUGUAGGUGCCCCUGGGGGCUACACAGAGGCUGGCACUUUUAUCACAUCACCAUGUCUCCCACCCCAUGCUACAUGCUUGGAUUACAUGGCCUCCAAACCUUGCCUGACCACAAGACAUGUCUUACCUGAAAGUAAGAAAAGAAGAUGCUCAAACUCUUUUGAUGGGAGUACUGAUGAGAACCAAUGUGAAGAAAUGGUUAGGACAAAACCUUUAUUUGGUCUUGAAAGAGGCACCAGUGAGAUGCAUUGUGAUGAUGUUGAUGCUAAUGGGGGAAGUCCAGCAGUGGGUCCAUAUCGACAACUUUUAUGGGACCAGUACCAACCAAAAGAGUGGAGUACCCUCUACAACAUAAGCUUUCAGUCUCUCUUACCUCCAGGUUACCAUGUGGAAACAGAUAAAGGUUUUAGCUACUCCACAGCUGAUGAAGCAUUUGUGUGCCAGAAAAAGAACCAUUUUCAAAUCACAGUGCACAUAGGGAUGGUUGGAGAUCCCAAAUAUGUCAAGACACCAGCAGAUCCUAUGCCUAUAGACAGUUUCCAAGUCAAAGUCUUUGGAGUCAAGUUUGAAGCCCAGAGCCAUCAGAUCACCAUAGAGCAGUCACAGAUAGAUCGCAGCAAAAAGCCUUUCCUGCCAGUUCAAGUAGACUUGCCUGGAAAUAAAAUCACCAAGCUUACUCUCGGUAGACUACACUUCAGUGAAACCACUGCUAAUAACAUGAGGAAAAAGGGCAAGCCCAAUCCUGAACAGAGGUACUUUCUGCUUGUGGUUGGCCUUUAUGCUAUUGUAAAAGGGAAGAGUUACCUGCUGGUUGCAAACAUAUCUGAAAGAAUUAUUGUCAGGGCAUCUAACCCUGGGCAGUUUGAAAACGACAGUGAGGCCCUCUGGCAGAAAGGACAAACCUCAGACUCAGUGGUGUGCCAGGGAUGGGUGGGGAUCAACACAGAUGCCCCAGAUGAAGCCCUGGUGGUCUGUGGAAAUGCCAAGAUAAUGGGCACAGUCAUGCACCCCUCAGACAGAAGAGCCAAGGAGAACAUCCAUGAGGUGGACUCUACAGAACAGCUCAAAAGAAUAGCUCAGAUGAGGAUUGUCGAGUAUGACUACAAACCUGAGUUUGCGACAAAGAUGGGAAUUAACCAGACACAUGAAACAGGCAUUAUCGCACAAGAAUUGAAGGAGCUACUUCCCACAGCGGUGAGAAACAUAGGAAAUGUUAAUUGCUCGGAUGGACAGAACAUUCCCAACUUCCUCAUGGUGGACAAAGAGCAGAUCUUCAUGGAGAACGUAGGGGCUGUGAAGCAGUUAUGCAAGCUUACAGACAAUCUUGAGACACGCAUUCAGGAGCUUGAGGUGUGGAACGCUCGUCUAGCCAAGUUAAGAACCCUGGGGAGCAUUCGUUCCAAAAAGGAAGCACCUAGUAAAAGAGAAAGCAACAAAAGCCAUGCAUUUGUUUCCCCAGAAAAGCCCUCUACGGUGGAAGCUGGUAAAGAGUAUUUAAAUGAGAAAUACCAGUACUGUCUCCAGCACAGACUAUUUCAAGCUACUAUUAUUCUGCUUGUGACAAUAAUGGCAUUGUGUGCCAUCUGUAUUACUACACUUUACAUGCUUACAUUACGAGAAGACAUAGACUUGGACUUUGGUUCCAGCACAAGUAACUCCAGUGUGUUUCCAGUCUACACUACCACAGAAAUGUUCACAACAGAUUUGCCUACUUCUUCACCUGGACCCUGGCCUCCAGACAUCGAUUUCUCCAGCGUGUUCUACUCUGAAGAAGUUUACUGUUGCCAGCAUACUGCAUCUAGAAACCACAUGCCUUUCACAACAAGCUCAGUUGUUCAUUCCGACUUUCUAAAAACACUUUCAUAUGUAGACCGAAGUCCAUCAGAUAAUACUCAACAAAAAUUGUUCCAUCACUUCACUGACUGGACAAACACAACUAUUCAGUCGAUACGAAUUACCCAAAACCAGCAGGUCAUAGAUGAUUGCUAUAUAGACUGGUCUAAGUCACGUAAAGGAAACUACAGCUAUUCAAUCCCCAUCAGUAAACACAUUCCAAUUAACAUGCCAGUAACCUUGCAGAUGAAUGCUACUGAGCUGUUGGUGGUCCACCUCUGUGGAUACGAGCUAAGAAAGGAAUGCUCUGCAGUAAUGGACUACAACUCCUUUCAAUUUCACACUGUUCCUAACACACAGGGGUAUGUACAUGAGUGGCCAGUGUCAGUUGCUCGACAUUAUACAUCAUCUUACCACUUCCGUGUAACAGUAGCAGGUCAGGCUGACUGUUUAACAGACCCCAAUUAUUUGGAAAUUCUGUUUACUGACUACCACUUCAACUUCUUCCGCCGCUGCCUGUGA